AUGGCCUCAGUCAAUCCAUCAAUCCAUUUCAGUGCGCAAACUGCGCCUUUGAGCAAGAAAAUCCCCAAACUCGAACCUCGCCGUCGUCGGGGAGCUCCCUCCAACCCUACUCCUCGCCCCGAGACCCCAGCGUUGCCAUUACCCCCCGACCUCCGCGAUCAUGCCUACCAGACGCCCUCAAGACGGAUUCUCUCCCAGAAAGACCACGAGCUGUUUUUGUCCUCGUCUAGUUAUAAUUUGAUCCUGGCAUUCGUCUUUGGCCUCUCCGAGUCCGUUGAAGACACGCCUCGCUCGGUUGUCAAGGACGACGACCUAAGCCCGGCAGUACGAUCGAUCCUGCGCAUUCUCGACGAAGUGGAUGCUCUGGUGAAGGAGUCGCCACCCGACGACCAAGGAGGAUCACGGUUUGGGAACAAGGCCUUUCGCACAUUCCUGGACCUGGUGAAAGACAAGGCAGCAGGAUGGCAGAAACAACUUGGCGUUACUGACGCGGCGAGCGAUGAGACCGCGGUCUACUUGGAGCACUCCUUUGGAAACCGGAUGCGCAUCGACUACGGCUCUGGGCACGAACUCAACUUCAUCAUGUGGCUUCUCUGCCUGUACCAGCUCCAGCUACUCACCAAGGACGACUUCAGACCAUUGGUGCUCGAGGUCUUCAACCGGUACCUCGAGCUUAUGCGAAACGUCCAGUUGACCUACUACCUGGAACCCGCGGGAUCGCACGGCGUGUGGGGCCUUGACGAUUAUCAGUUUCUCCCGUUCCUGUUCGGGGCCUCGCAGCUUUUACACCACCCAUUCAUUACACCAUUAGCGAUUCAUCAAGAGCUGACGUUGGAGGAGUUCGGAGCCGAUUUUCUCUAUCUAGGCCAGGUAAACUUCGUCAACGGGACGAAGACGGUCAAAGGAUUGCGGUGGCACAGCCCCAUGCUGGAUGAUAUCUCAGCAGCCAAGUCUUGGACCAAAGUUGAAGGCGGUAUGCGCCGCAUGUUUGUGGCCGAAGUGUUGAAGAAACUGCCCGUCAUGCAGCACUUCCUUUUUGGCUCGUUGGUUCCGGCGGUAGACGGUAUGAGCACGGAGCAGGACUUUGGGCUGGGACAUGAACAAGAUGAAGUGGAGGGAGGGGAGAUUUCAGCUCAAGACAUCGGCGAACACAAGCAUCAGCACGUAGGCUGGGGCGACUGCUGCGGUAUAAAAGUACCGAGCAGUAUCGCUGCCGCUCAGGAGAUGAAGAAGAGGGGCGCCCACGAGUCUCUGCGCAGGAUACCCUUUGACUAG